UCUUAUCAAUUUCUGAACGUCACGUCGUACUUCAAAAUACUACAAAAAUGGAAAAAUCUCUAUACUUAUUAAUACAAAUUUGUUGAUUUUGAAGCAUCGUAUUAAAAGCUAAUUAUUAAAAUUAAAUAUAUUUUUAUAAAUUUGGAAUUAACUAUGAAAAUAAUUCGGAAAUAUUUCUGCUUUUAUUAAAAAGAAGGUCAACGUGAGCUUGUACGAAAAUGGCGGAAAGUAUGAUGGCGUCUAUUUCUUGUGAAGAGGCAACGACAACUCUAUAUUUAUCUCUUUCUAUCUCAUGGAACUUCUCGUAAAGCACUGGGCACGCGUAGUGAUCAAUAUGUCCACGUGAUCUGUCGUCAGUCGACUCGCGUAAUUGCAAAUGCAAAAUGUACAGGAAAGAAACGUUUGUGUUACAAUGAAAUCAUAAAUAUUUUGUUAUUGUAAGUUGUAGUGUUGUAGUUUUAAAAUGCCUGCGUCUAUUGGUGUCAAUUUACGUGUAACUGGCCACUGCAGCCAAGGCGGGAGAAAGUAUAUGGAAGACUUGUUUUCCGUUGCUUAUCAACAAACUGAAGACGAGAGAGACUUGGAGUAUGCUUUCUUCGGAAUAUAUGAUGGCCAUGGCGGGAGUGAAGCUGCAGCCUUUGCGAAGGAGCAUUUGAUGGACUCUAUCGUGAAGCAGAGGCAGUUCUGGUCGGACAACGAUGAGGAUGUACUGAAAGCAAUCAGAAAUGGUUACAUGUUGACCCACUUGAACAUGUGGAAAGAGUUAGAGAAAUGGCCAAAAACUGUAACAGGGUUACCAAGCACUGCAGGUACUACGGCAAGCAUAGCUUUUAUACGCCGUGGAAAAAUAUAUAUUGGACAUGUUGGGGAUUCAGCGAUUGUCCUUGGUUACCAGAAAGAUGGUUGUGAGGAGUGGGCUGCAAAACCAUUGACAUCAGACCACAAACCAGAAUCCACAACUGAAAUAGAGCGCAUCCAAAGAUGUGGUGGGAAGGUUGUCUCAAAGGCAGGAGUCCCACGAGUUGUGUGGAACAGACCACGACUAGGACACAAGGGUCCUAUCAAGAAGAAUACACCUAUGGAUGAGAUUCCAUUCUUAGCAGUAGCAAGGUCACUUGGUGACUUGUGGAGUUACAAUCCUCAAAAUGAUGAGUUUAUAGUCAGUCCCGACCCUGAUGUCGGUGUUUUGACUAUAGAUCCGUCCAAAUUUCGAUGUCUGAUAUUCGGCACUGAUGGCCUGUGGAAUAUGAUCUCACCAGAGGGCGCCGUCAGUUUAGUUCAGGCGACAGAGCGGCACAAUGAAGCCGCUCUCGUAGGUGGGAACGGAAACCAGCCGAGGGACUGGUUGAACCCUUCCAAGAGUCUAGUGGAUCAUGCUCUGGAGAGAUGGUCCAACACCAGAAUGCGCGCGGACAACACGUCCGUGGUGACGUUGAUGCUGGACCCGCCCGGGCCCCCGCGCGCCACCGUGCUCCGCUCUCGCAGCAGCGCGCAGCGGCCGCAGCAGCCCGCCGCCCCCGCCGCGCCCGCCGCGCGACCGGACCCGCCGCCCGGCGCCGUGCCGCAGAACGGGCUCACCAUCAUGACGCGCUACUCGGACGCGGAGCGCGCCGCGGCCCCGGCCUCCGCCCCCGCCACGCCGACCGCACGCGCGGAUAGUGCACGCGACGAGUCCGAGGUACACUCCACCACCACGGAGCCGCCUCCGCCGUCGGCAUGCGCUGGAGCACCCGCGCCAGCAGCUCCUGCCAGGCCACGAGCGCUACGUUCGCGUAACGAUACUGCAGAGCCCGUACGCUCCGUGCGAGACCAAGGCGCAUGCAAGCGCACGCGGUGCGGAGAUGACGGUGGCGGUGGCGCAAGUAAGACUGCGCGGCUGGCGCCCGAGCGUUGCGCGCGGGCGCUGGGUAAGCGAGCGACGGGCCCGUGGGCGCCGGCACUAGCGCUACGUAACCGCUUGCGCCGACGGUUAGCCAAGUAG